CGAACGCUGUAGUACGUUUCGUAUCGUAUUGUGCUUAGGUGAAUUUCUGACAAGUUAUAUAUACUGCCUUUGAAAUACGUGAUAUACAUUAUAAAGGAUGAUUAGUAUAACAGGAAGAGGUCUCGUUCUUGUGACAGGUAGACGUACUGACACAUAGGAAUAAACGGCACUUCUGAAAAUGUAAUGUUUGACUCCAAAAACUACCACCAAAGCAGUUCAUAUGUAUCGCCACUUAUGCCAGACCGCCUUGGGUUAAAUCGGUGCUUCCGCAAACCCAUGGAUAAUUUACAAUUAUUUACUCUAUCAAACUUAUCGGACGGUAAUAAUAACGACACCAGAGGAAAUUUCAACAAGAAUAAUAACACCCAGUUCGAUGCACUGCGGCAAUGGCAGACACUUACGAGCGAUGCAAUUAUUCGGACAAUGAACCAAUCUCAGUUAGAUAUACUGUGGCCAUCAUUGACUCUUAUAUCCAUUUUGCUUCUUUUAGGAAUUCCGGGAAAUUUGAUAUCAGUGAUUGUUUAUUCGAUGAAAAUGAAACGCAGCACUGCGGGUUAUUUCAUCAUCACUCUGGCAAUAAGUGAUCUAAUAAAUUGCCUAGUCAGCCUUCCCGUAGAAAUGGUCUUGAUAAUGAACUUUUGGUCCUUCGACAUUCCAAUGUUGUGCAAAUUAUCUCGAUUUAUUACGGCUGCAAUGAACAACACGUCUUCGUUCAUACUAGUUGCAAUCGCCAUUGAGCGACAUCGCUCUAUCUGCUUCCCUCUUAAACCAAGAAUGUCCCAUAUGUGCGCUAAAAUUACUUGCGCAGUUAUAGUUGUCUGUGCAGUUUGUUCCGCAAUUCCAAUGGUCAUCGGAUACGGAACAUUUACAAUAAAAAUAACUACAAAUAAUAUAUCCGCACAUGCCAAGACUUGCCUAAUCGAAGACAGUGUUAUCAACACGAAGUUUCCGUUAGCGCUGCUGGUAUAUUUUUUCGUUGGACAUUUGUCUGUGUUCAUAACGUUAGCUAUUUUAUAUAUACUUAUUGCCAGAAAACUUCUUCGAGGAAUCGCGUUCAUGAACGAUAAAAUCACUUCGAGAAAUUGCCUGCUUCAAACGCCAACCGAAAGCAACAGCGAGACAUCUUUUGUCAAUCACGGAGGCAGGUCCUGCAGGAUGCAUAUUGUGUACCAAACUAACAAACCAAUUUCUGCAAUUAGCCAGAAGAUACUCCGGCCGACUGAAAGCCAGUCAGCCAUCGGGUCUCGUGUCUCCAGGAGGCACGGAGGUCAAGCGUAUAGGACCAAACGCCUGACUUGCAUGCUGUUUCUAGUGACUUCUGUUUUCGAAAUAAGUUUCAUACCGUAUUUAGUGGUAGUGAGUAUUCGUAGCAACAAUCCAUCGUACUAUGACUCUCUCACUUUGUUCGGCAAGAUGACAUUCCAGUUUUUCUUGCGGUUUUAUAUGAUCAAUUGUGCAAUAAAUCCGAUCAUUUAUUGUUUCUACAAUCAAAACUUUCGGCACGGAGUUAAGAAAAUGUUUGUAGGUCUAAAAUUUAAGUUUUGCUCGUGGUGAUUUCGCAUCACGUAUCGCCGUGUUAAACAUAUUUGAAGUGAACCGAGAAGAUUUAAAUAUGUUUUAAAAUCUAAUUUAUCAAAUCGUAUUGAACCGUGGUUUGAAACACCACAUUUAUAUAUGUUGCAUGAGUGUAACUUGAUGUAAAGUGUAAUGAUUGUGUACACAUGUACAUCUGGUUCAUUGGUUUUAUGAACAGCAACAUCUUGAUGGAAACAUGUUGUAUGAAAAUGA